CUUCGACCGUCACUGUCACUUCCCAUCUUCAUCCGAUAUACCCUCACUCCGGCACGUCCUGAUAUGAUAUGACGCUCGAACAGUUGUUCACCGGAAGCGUCCUCGGCGUCGCCGUCCCCGACUCCUCGAUCGAGUUCCCUCCUACAGACCCUCCAGAGGAAUGGCUAGCGAGACUCAAAUCCCCAGGCACCGACCGCGACAGGGCGUUCUUCGACGAGAAACUCGACGCGUUCGUCACCGUGCGCGUCGAGCACCCCACCCCAGACUCCCCUCCCGACCCAGAGCACCCGCCAGCAGAGCUCCUCGCAUUCCUCUCGCACAUCCAGAUCGCGCUCGAGGCGGCGUACAUCAACCCCAUUCCCGUGCAGCCUGCGCCGCCGCCGAAUCCCAAUUACCAGGACAUGGUCUCUCCGCGGGGGACGUCGCUCAUGCCGCCGCCGCGGAGGGCGAGCCACCAUCCAUCCAUCUUCCCGCCUGCGACGCCGAACCCGACGCCGUCUGCGCCCGAUCAGGAUAAACGGUACUUGCGUGCGGAGGGGACGGUGGUAUUCUCGACGAUAUGGGGGCAAGCGGAGGACGACACGUUCGCGCUGCUAUGGGCGGCUGAUGAGAACGUCUGGCUGGCACUAUACCGCGUCUCGCUCACAGUAUCAUACCUAAGGUUGAGCUACCCGGACCCCUUACUCUGCCUCACCGCGUCGGCGACGCUGCGCGACCGCGCGAUCACCGCUCAGGCGAGGAAUCCCCUUUCCGUGUACAUCAAGUCCAAGCUCGCGGUGACGCCUGCGAGUACGGCGCCUGUUACUCCCGUCACUGCGAAUGGCACGCAACCUGCAAUACCAGAAGUCGAUGGCGUCAACGGGCUCAAGGAGGCGAACCUCCUCGAGGGCUUGAUGGCGGAUCCUGCGUUCGCCGACGCGUCUGACUUGGUCCUGCCCUCUACGCGCCUGGGUCGACAGUCAAGGCAGUCGUUGUUUGGACUACCCCAACCUCCCUCCAGUCCAUCAUCUGCUCUGCCGUCACCACUUGCUGCUACGCGCGCCUCUGUACCGACCUUGCGCAAGUCAUACCGACGCACGCUCAAUGCUGUCAGCGGGUUCCGUGUUCGUAUGCGCACCAUGUUUGUACCCGCGAUGGUGCUGCCAGGUGCGGAGGAAAACGCCGGAGACGAUGGCGACGACCAGCUUGCAGCCGGGAACGACGAACGCACGGUGGUGCUAUGCAUCGAAGUGGAAAACUCUGGAGAAGCUGGAAGGGGUGUAGGCUUCGCAGUGGAGAAGGUCGAUGUCAAGAUCUCUUCGGCGUCCGGCUCUCUUGACGGUCAGGCGGAUGCGACGGCGGCACUUGUUGGCUGGGGCGACGACUUCUUCAAGCCCGAAGGCGAGCGCGGCGAGAUGUUCCCGGUCAAGGUUGGCGAGAAUGAGCAGUGGAACCUCAUCUAUGCGGUGUCCUUUUUGCGCAGCCCCUUCGACGACGAUGCACCACUUGCAGGAGCAGACCGGCGCAGUUCGAUGGGAGGCCUCACACGCGCAGUGUCCAUCAACAUACAUGGCAAACCAUAUAUCUUGUCGCCAGACGCUGAUACCACCUACCCAACCAAGACGUUCUCCUCAAAAUGGAAUUGUCUUCUCGACCUUACCGUGCACCCCAAUCGCCUACCUGAACCUGAUGUUCGUACGCCAGCACCCAACACGCCGCAGCCGCCUCGAAGUCGACGCAACUCGGCGAUCAACACUAGUGUGCUGCCUGAGCCCGCUUCACCGUUCCCGGGUGCUUCGCCAGGCAUGCUCACGAACAAGCGACAAUCGACACCUCACAUACAUAAUCCCUCGUUCUCUCCACCGAGCGUACCUGGUCCGAAGAGGCAUACUAUGCCCUCAAUACUGGGCGGGCGGCGGCCAUUGUCAAGUCUUGGCUUCAGAGCAUCAAUGCUGAGCAGCACACCGCCUCCGCCUGUACCACCAUUACCACCGGGCACUCCGCGACAUGUGCAUCCCUCCGUCGCCGUGUCAGCCCAGAUUCCCUUGACGCCGACAACCUUUGACCUACCACCCUCACCUAUGCCAGGAGGCUCACCCCUACCUGGCGGAUCUGGCAGCUCGUACUUUGCCCAGGCGCAAAAGCGCGCAUCCAUCAUGUCCAACGCAAGCUCGGAUACCAAUCCACCGGACGCAGGCCCGCCCGUACCACCGACACCAGCCUAUCCUCCCUUCGCACCAGACGGCGUCCCGUUCCCGAGGACACCAACUGCGACGACAUACUCGUCUGCACAGGCGGCGACUGGCCUUGCACCGAGCGUCGAGAUACGUCGCGAACGUGGCUUGCCUGACAGUCCUCGUACACCAGGACCUGUGGUUACUGGGGCGUUCGCGACGCCUGGAACACCCAUAUUGCAGCAGGAUACGUCUGACCUUGGGGCGGUUGUGGUUUCUGUUGGGCUUUUGCGGCCAGCGGGCAAUGCAAAGGUGCCGGUGAUAUAUCCGCUGGAUAGCUUCACGCUGGACAUCUUCAUCUUCAAUCGCGGGGAUGCAGUGAGGCGGUUCGAUGUGAGUUGCCCAUUCUUCGAUAGGACGGGCAGGAGAAAGAGGCGUGAGGCGACGGAUGUGGGCGUGCUGCCACUGGACAAUCGGGUGCGGGUUGGGCCGCUCCUCCCAUCGACAUGUCAAAGUGUACGGAUGGACUUCAUGGCGGUGUCCGCUGGCGUACACUGCAUCGAUGCUCUGACGCUCACUGAUGCGGAGACAGGCGCAAAAGUGAACCUCAGAACGGUUCUUGACGUCGUAGUACACGAGCCGCGGAUCUGACUAUCUCGUUACAUGAGUAGCAUCUGUUCCUCUGCGCGCAUAAAUCAUGUUACAUAGGUUGCUUUAGGAUGAAGCAACGCUGUUUGCUCAGAGCAUAUACCGAUCCGUUUAGUCCUGAGUGACCGUCUCGAGCGCCUUACUCGGUCGAUUCAUAUGACGAUAAUCGUUGCCUCAGAGAGGCAUUCUCUUGUCUUAAGGCUUGCAGCUCUUGCUUCGCCUCGUCGAGUGCCUUCUGGUCUGGCUCAUCAACCUCUCCUGCGCCCACAGCGACACCUCCGACCAGUUUCACCAGCCUCCACAACCGCAGGAAGAUCAGCAGCGCCGCAAGCUCCUGUUCCUUCCCCCGCAGGAUGGCCUCCAGC